CCUCCACCUCCACAAUUGCACCCAUCCAUGGACAUGAGUGACACCAGCUCAAGCCUGGCCGAGUGGGCCCAGCUCUUCCAGCACGGCCUCGGAUCGCACCCGGUGGCCACGCCGGCCGUGUCCCCCCGGGUGUCGGCCGUGGCGGACUCGAUCGUGGUCACCACGACAUCGACCCCGGUGAUCGCCGGAUCGAGCAGCACUAGCCCGACCUCGCACCCGGCCAUCGAGGGCCGGGUGGGGAAGUCGGGUCGCCGGCGAUCGAGGGCCUCCAGAAGGGCUCCCACCACCCUUCUCAACACCGACACCACCAAUUUCCGGGCAAUGGUGCAGCAAUUCACAGGCAUCCCCUCCGGAGCGUAUUCCUCAAACUAUCAUCAGGCUGGUGACAGAGGGAUGACAAGUUUUGGGCUUAGUUUUAAUGAUCCUACCCGUCAGGCGGCCACUGUGAUGCCGUUUGGACGCCUCCAGCAUCAUCAAUACCAAGGGCCGGCUUUCCAGCACCAGCAGCAAGGGCAGCAACAGCAGCAGCAAAUAUAUGAUGGUAAUAAUAUGUUUACAGUAGGCAAUCAUGAAAGCAAUGAUGGUAUUUUUCUUCAGGGGUAUAGCAACCCAAGGGCUAACUCGGAGGUGACGGAUGGCUUUUUCUUGGAGGGCAUUUCCAGCCACAUGAUGCCAAGGCCGGCCUCCACUGACAACAGGACUCAUGGAUUUUUUUCAUGAGGGGAAGUUACCAGGGAGAGUUAGCUUUUGCUUUUGUAAGAGAGAGAGAGAGAGAGA